AAGGAGCACGUUUCCCCGGGUAGUAUGCUUCAAUGAAAGCUACACAAAACCCUCCGUAAGGAGACCAGGCAAGCUCUCCGAGAAACCAGGGCAUUCCCGUCCGAAAUAAUCUUUAUAAUCACACGUUUAACUCAUCAUUCUACGUUCUCCUGAGGCGGAAUACAGUAAAAUAAUAGUAUGGGCCGAUAAUCACCUUGGAAACGCGUCACUAAAUGGAAUAUUUGCGCUGAUACAGAAGAUUCCUGGGAAGUCCGAAGGAAGGCGAGCAAAGAAAGAAAGGGAUAAACAAAAAAGUCAACUGGCGGGUGAAAGCGACUGGAACCCAAUUCUGGAGGGGCAUUUGGGGAACCCGUGCGCUGGAUGACCACCGUUCACUUCUCCCCAGCGGUCUGCAAUGGGGGAGACUAAAGUUAUCUACCAUCUCGACGACCAGGAAACUCCAUACCUGGUCAAACUGCCCAUCCCUGCCGAAAGGGUGACCCUUUUGGACCUAAAAAAUGCGCUCAAGAAACCAAACUACAAGUUUUUCUUUAAAUCUAUGGACGAUGACUUUGGGGUGGUCAAGGAGGAAAUCACAGAUGACAAUGCAAAGCUUCCCUGUUACAACGGCCGUGUGAUUUGCUGGCUCGUGUCAUCAGAUGGCUCCCACUCAGAUGGAUGUUCGGUUGUAGAGAGCCAGUCUGACCGGCCGCCGUCUUACGAGAGAAGCCAAGGCAUUGGGGAUUCAAGACCACCAUCCUUUCAUCCAAAGGCUGCAGGCAGCCGGCAUGGUGUGGAUGAUGAGACCGAGACCGAUUCAGUGGUGUCGCACAGGAGAGAGAGAGACCGGUCACGCAGGAAACACUCACAUGAACAUUCAGGGGGAAGACAGAACGGAUACUCACGGAGCGGCAGAGGAAUGGAUCUGGGAGGUUAUGACAUCGGUGACAGCCGUUCGUCCCUCAUGAGCAGUGAACUGGAAUCAAGCAGCUGUUUUGACUCGGAUGACGGAUCCACCAGCCGUUUCAGCAGCGUGACAGAGCAAAGUGGCUCUUCUCGGCUCAUAAGGCGACAUCGCAGACGGAGACGCAGACCCAAAGCCCAACAAAUGGAGAGAUCUUCAUCUUUCAGUAGCAUUACUGAUUCCACCAUGUCACUUAAUAUCAUCACUGUCACUUUAAAUAUGGAAAAAUACAACUUUCUAGGCAUCAGUAUAGUGGGUCAGAGUAAUGAGCGAGGUGAUGGAGGCAUCUACAUCGGUUCCAUAAUGAAGGGCGGAGCAGUGGCGGCCGACGGGCGGAUUGAACCCGGUGACAUGCUUCUGCAGGUCAAUGACAUUAACUUUGAAAACAUGUGCAACGACGACGCCGUACGAGUGCUGAGGGAGAUCGUGCAUAAGCCCGGGCCUGUUUCACUCACUGUGGCCAAAUGCUGGGACCCAAACCCUAACAGCUGCUUUGCUUUGCCCAGGAGUGAGCCCAUCCGGCCUAUUGACCCUGCAGCCUGGGUGUCCCAUACAGCAGCCAUGACGGGUGUCUACCCGCCCUAUGGCAUGAGCCCUUCCAUGAGCACCGUCACCUCCACUAGCUCCUCUAUCUCCAGCUCCAUCCCAGAGACAGAGAGAUUUGAUGACUACCACCUGUCCGUCCACAGCGACAUGGCAACAGUUGCAAAAGCAAUGGCCUGUUUAGACUCAGGUCUGGAGGUUCGAGACAGGAUGUGGCUGAAGAUUACUAUAGCCAAUGCUUUUAUAGGCUCUGAUGUGGUCGACUGGCUGUUUCAUCAUGUGGAGGGCUUUGCAGAUCGCCGUGAAGCACGCAAGUACGCCAGCAACCUGCUAAAGGCCGGCUUCAUCCGCCACACUGUCAACAAAAUCACUUUCUCCGAACAGUGCUACUACAUCUUUGGAGAUCUUUCUGGCAAUAUGGCACACCUCUCUCUCCAGGACCAUGAUGGGUCCAGUGGGGCGUCUGAUCAGGACACUCUGGCUCCAUUGCUUCAUCCCACUGAAGCUCCUUGGCCCACAGCCUUUCCUUAUCAUUAUCCACCAUCCCAAUCUCAACCGGAUCCAGCUCAUAGCUUUUGUGAAGCAGGUGGAGGCAGUGCAGGCAGCCAGCACAGUGAAGGGAGCAGUGGUUCAAACUGCAGCUGGAGCAGAAAUGAGGGAAAGACAGCAGCCGGAGACUUCAGGGUGGGAGGGGGAAGCCAACUGGGUGAAGUACACGACUUCGAUUUUCGCAGGGAACGAGCGCCCAGCGAACGCUCGGCAGCACCUCCGAGUGAGGGCAGCGUGCGAAGCUCACGAUCUCACAGCUACAGCCUUAAGCAGGGAUCGACACGAGGUGCCCCGGGAUCCCCAUCCGGCCGUCACCUCGGCAACAUUCCCCCUGAACUCACCGGCUCUCGCCGCUCGUGCAACACAGCCAACGGGGAGUUCUUUGUUGACAUCAUGUGACUUUAUGCGACUGUUUAGAGCAGAAGUGCCCAAACUGUUUUGCCUUAUGGAUAACAAAAACCGUGGCCUACUAGUGCAACCAAUUAGAAUUAGGAUUAGUGCUGAGGUAAAAAGAUCAGCAGCUUGUGAGCCCCCCAAAAACAUUACUUGGGUCUUAGAAAUUAGUAUACUUAAAACAAAAGCAUACAAAAACAGACAUUUUACAAAAUCACCUCAAAAUAGACAUUAUUGGACAUGUAUUGUUGGAGGAAAUGUAAAUAUGUCGUCUUCUGGGCAAAAAAAGAGACAGAUUUUGAGGGAAAAAGCAAUAAUUCAUUGGGAUUUAGUUACAAAACACUAUAUGGGUGUGAGGAUGAAUGUAGUCCAACCAAGGACGUAAAUAUCAAUUUUCAAAGCGCAAUUUCUUUUGUCCUCUGCCCUGUUUUAGUGUGUAUUAGGUUCUUUUUUGCCAUUUAAAAUUUUUUACUCUCUUAACUUUCUUGUGCAGAUAUUACAUUGUUCAUGGACAUAGUUUUUACUGGGAAUAUAUUUUUCAGUGUUUGUCAGCAAUAUUGUAUUGGGAGAAUUUUGAAGUACCAUGCUGAGGAGAUUUCUUUUUUUAAUUUAUAAAUAUAGUUUUAUUGUGACAGGA